GGCGAGAAGCAAAGCCCGGCGCCGGGAGCAUGGGGAGCCGCCUGGCAGGGGAGGCUGUUUCGCCCCGGCUGCGACGCGCGUGGGUGGGAGCCGCGUAGAGAGCAGCAGUCGGCGGCUGGAGUGCGUCAGAGAUGGCGAGCGUGCUGUCUAGGCGUCUGGGGAAGCGUUCCCUGCUGGGUGCCCGUAUUUCUGCUCCCCCUUUACUGGGGGAUGGCGUUCUUGUGGCAACACAGAUUCCUCCCUUGCAACCGGAUCUUAGCAAAAUGUCUUCUCCCCUUGCUUCGUAUGAGGACAACCACUCCAAGGAGCAGGCCGAAGAGUCCGCCAAUCAAAACCAAAACUGGCAGGCGCUGCAACCAGGCCAAAAGGUUUAUGUCUUCUACAAUGGGCAAGAAAAUGCUGGUCUGGUGGACCACCAUGACCUCGUGAGUAAUGAAGUGAAGGUGUUGCUGCUGGAGCAGGGGUUUCACAUCUGCAGGAAAGCCACAGAGGUGAGGCUAGCUGAAGUCCAGGUAUCGCCUCUCCCAACCCUUGAGAUGGACCAUGGAACUCCCACAACGAUGGGCUACAGCUCUCUCCCUGUGGCAAUGGAACACUCUCCAACCACGGCGCCCGUUACCGUAGCAUCUGUUCCAAGAUCGGUUUCUAGGAAUAUUGAUGUACCAAAAAGGAAGUCAGAUGCUGCAGUUGACAUGGACGAGAUGAUGGCAGCGAUGGUCUUGACCAGUUUAUCCUGCAGUCCAGUGGUACAGAGUCCCCCUAACAGUGACACUAGCAUUCCAGCAUCCCAAGCAGCAUGUGAUGUGUGGAAGGAGAGUGGUGAUAUGUCAGAUGGUGGCAGCAGCACCACCAGUGGACAUUGGAGUGGUGGCAGCGGCAUCUCCACCCCUUCACCGCCCCACUCGGAGGCCAGCCCCAAGUAUGCAAGCGAGGCUUUCAGUUCCCCUCGGGCUGAUGAUGGCUUUGAGACGGACUCGGAUCCUUUUGUCUUUGAGGAGCCAGCUCCCAGGAAAAGAAAGAAUUCAGUGAAGGUGAUGUACAAGUGUUUGUGGCCCAGCUGCGGCAAAGUCCUUCGCUCCAUUGUUGGAAUCAAAAGACAUGUGAAGACUCAGCAUUUGGGAGAUGGGGCCAACUCUGACCAGAGGAAGAGGGAAGAAGACUUCUACUACACUGAAAUGCAAGUGAAGGAGGAGGCACCACCUGAGCCUGUGGGCACCGUUGCCAGCCCCCCUUUGGACUCCUCCCCUGCUGUCAUCCAGCAAGCUCUAUCCAAGCCCGAGGCCCUCGUUCUAGAUCAGGCCACCCCUUUGGAACCUCCCUUGCCCAGCAGUGCCCUCAGCCAGUCAGCCCCCAGUUCUUUUUGGCAUAUCCAAGCCGACCAUGCAUACCAGGCUUUGCCAUCCAUUCAGAUCCCUGUAUCCCCGCAUAUAUUCACCAGCAUCAGCUGGGCGGCCGCCACAUCCACCAUUCCUACUCUUUCGCCGGUUCGAAGCCGGUCCCUGAGUUUCAGUGAACAGCAGCAACAGCAGCCACCGCCCAUUCUGAAAUCCCACUUGAUUGUUGCAUCUCCUCCCAGGGCACCCAGUGGCACCAGGAAAGUCCGCGGCGAAGCCAAGAAGUGCCGCAAAGUUUAUGGCAUCGAACACCGGGACCAGUGGUGCACAGCCUGUCGGUGGAAAAAGGCCUGCCAACGAUUUCUGGACUGAGAGUGUGCACACAUACACCCUUUGUCACGGGAAGGUUUGGAGAUCUCCUUCUUGCCGCUGGCCAAAAGCAGCUGGCCAGACCUCCAUGUGUGUUGCCACAUCUGGGGCUCAGUGGCCUUGGAAGCGACUCCUGGUGCUUCGUUGGAGAUUUCGGGAGCUGCAUGCUCAUCCUGAGCUCUGUACAGUCGACAUCUGCCAGGUUUUCUAACUUUCAAUGUUUUGCGGGGAUUUUUUUUUUUACACAUUUUCAUUUUUUUAAAAAAAAACACAAGUCUCCCUUUCUAUUUGUAAAUAAGAAGGGCAAAGAAAGGAAAAAAGAGAACGUCUGGCUUGAUAGAUCUUACAGACUUGUUUCUCGGUGGGCCCAGGGACCAAAGAACUUUGAACUGUCCCCAGUAUGUGGGUGAGUUGGCUGGGUUGCAACGUGGAGCAUUUAAGUAUAUCCUUCCCACCUCCCCUAAUAUACGUACGGGCACAAAGGAAAUGUCAGCUUGAUGACAGAGGAAGCACCUGACUUGCUCCUGUUUGCUGGCUCCCCCCCAAGAAUGAAUAACUUGCACCCUGAAGCGUGUGUUGCUUUUGCAAAACAGAUGCUGUCGGAAAAACAAUCAGCAUUGCAUUAAAUUAAAAUCAAAGUAACUAGAAACACCAUGAAUUAGGAAGAACUUGCAAACACUUUGCUGACUUUAUUUUCACUGAUGCUGUUUGUUCACUUUAAGGGGGGAAGCAAAAACACUCAAAUUGACUUGAAAGAUGACUUCACCAGGGCCUCAGCGUGGAGCAGUUGCAAGGCAGGGGAGGGUCUGGAUGCCCCCUUUGGGGAAUCUGGUUGCUGCAAGGCAAAUAGCACUAGAAGAGUUCCGUGUUCAUGGAGCUGCUUGCACCGCUGGAGGGGCAGUGACAGCAUGGGGUCCUCUUUUUCUUGCGGCAUUGUUCCUGCACUUCUCAUUUGACCCUUCCAGGCCAUUCUGUGUAUUGCAUGACAGCAAAUUGGAGAUUGCUGCUGAGUGCACAUUUGACCAAGAAAUCCUGGCUCCCUGAUUGGUCUUUGAGUAUAGCGCAUGUGUCUCCAAAAGUGCAUGUGACUUAUUCACACAUUGAAGUUGCAGGGUUUUUGUUUUUUUUUCUUCAAAUAAAUGUACACAGGAAAUGUAAUGUGUGAAGCUGUCAUUGCACUAGCAAAACUCAUGCUGUCUGGUAGUGUUGUAGUUGCUCUGGUUGUAGUUGGAGCAAACCAGACAUGGAUGCCAAAACGUAUAGCUGAGCUAGUGUCCCUUGCUCCCCUCCCUUCUUUGGCAGGUCCAGCCCAGUUGCACAAGCUGUCCAAGCCUUUGAGCACCUGAGAAGCAAUAUGUGGAUUCAAGUGCUGCAUUCCAGAAUCCCUAACAGUUUCUCAGAGCAUGCUGGAGAGCACAACUCUUAGGUCAUGCAGAGAGAGCACGUCUCGUGGGGCAGUUUCUUGGGCUGGCCCUGCUCUUCUUUUUGACCUAGUCUAGUGCCAAAUCUUUUCAGUCCUGUGAACAGGACUCUUUUUGGCAUCUGGAUGCAGCCAAAAUAGAUAGUAGCAUUGCCAUGUGUUUGUUACAAAAUGCAGCUGGCACAGACGUCACUUUUCUUGACAGUGAAGUGACCAAGUGGUUGUUUUGGAAUUGGCUCAGUUAGAGAGAAUGCAUUUCCAGAAACUUUGGAGCCUUCUAUCUUGGGCAUAUAUUUAUUUUACUGACAUCUCAUUUCUUCCCAAUAAGUAAUUUAUACUUGAAAAUAUUUGCAGUGGAUGUUCCACAUGAACUGGAACAAGUUUUUCUACUCUUUUUCACGUGCGAGCUUGUUCCUUGAUUGUGAGGUUUUUUUCUGCCUCAAGACAUUUUUCUGUAAGAGCAUGAGUAAGAGUGUUAUUUUAGAACACUGCUUCAAAGAGUAUUUCAUUCAUUGUUUUGAAAGAUGAAAUGUUUCAUAAAAAGGAUUAAAAAGUCCUUCCCAGAUUUCCAUUUUUUUUUCAUUUCAAGUUUCAGAUAAAAUUCAGAGAAAAAUGUUUUUCAGGAGUCCCCCCCCCCCCAUGAUUUUUUUUCUUGUUUUCCUGUGGGCCCUUCAUGAACCACAAAUACAGCUCAUCUUAUGUGCUGACACAGAUGAGGGGUUAGAUUCUCCCACUGGGCCCGCCUGUACUGCCCCAUACCCACUGAAUAUUCAUGUGUGUCUUUGUAACAUUUGCAUAUGGAUUUUAUGUGGCUAAAAGACCAUGUACAAAGGACCAAAUUGUAAAACUGUUUCCUGGGUUUGGUGUGGGUUAAAGACAUGGUAGAGGCCUAGGCACAUUGGCAUUAUGUGCCCAGGCCCUGUGUCAAUGGUCCAUCCAAUUUAUAGGCAUACAGCAUCCCAGAGGGACAGGCGUACUCAAUAGACUGCACUUCAGUUGGAGCACAUUGCGAAGCCUCAUGCCGGAAGCUAGCAUUCUGCCUCGGCAAAAAUGCCUAUUACACAAUUGCGGGUUAAGCACUGCUCAAGCAGAGGACCUCAGUGAUGUCAUUUCACAUGAUGUCUGUCGUCAUAACCCUUAGCCCCUCUUCUUAAGGAGCCAUGAUUUAAUCUAAUGGGGAUAUGGUGCCCUUCAUUUCUAAAGUCAUGCUUUACAACUUGCUUUUGUUCUGCAAAUGUAAAAUGGCAGCUGCAACCAACAUGUGACCUGCACGGUGCAAAGUGCCACAGCAAAGGGCAGGGAGUGGCAAUGAAAAGAGAAAGAGGUUGGACUGUUUGUGGGGGGUUCCUCCCAGCGUUUUGAUAAUCAGGAGCCAUAAAUUAAAGAUGCAAACCCAGGGCAGGUUCUGUAGCAGGAGUAAGCCUGUUGCUUUAUUGGGGAAAGACCUUACCUCCCGCCUGCUGAACUAUCCUUGUAAAAUAGAUACUGAACCAUGUGACUUGGAGAAUUAUUAUUUCUAUACAAAAAUGUGAGCCCAAUUGAUUCAAGGGUACUGGGAAGGGUUGGGGGAGGGGACAGUAUAAAAAAAGAGUUUCUGUACAUUAUUGGUGCUUGUUGAUAUUUUCGUGCUCUUUUGUUUAAUUUUGUGCAUAAGAUACAUAGUAUGUUGCGGGAGGGUGGGGUAUGUUAUUUUUCUAGCCCAGACUUCUGUUCAGUGCUAAACUGGUAGAUGCCAAAAUGGCCUUGUAAGGAUCUAGAGGCUCAUUGAAUCCGAAUGCUAAAAUUUGAUCUCAUAUGGACGCUUUCACACUGUGAACGUGGACAUGUAGGAUAUCUAAACUUCAGAUUUCAGCCAGGGCUUGUGAUCUUUCCCCUCCCCUUGAAAUCUGAAACCGACAACUUCACAAGGGCAGGAGAAAACUUUUGAAUCUUUCUACAAAUGUGAAGUUUUGAUCACAGAACCUGAAUUUUGGUGACUUUCAAAAUAUGUUUGGCUUUUGAAAUCCUGAGAUUGCUCUCCCCACCUGAAUUUGAAUGUUGAGUCUUGUAAAUUUACCACAUUUUCAACUGGGACAAAACCAUUCAUUUCAGCUUUGAACCCAGUUCUAUAUAAUCAGUGAAUGUUCCUACUCCCUUCACUUCUAGAGUUCCAUUUCAGUAUACUGUUAUACGAUGCUGAACCUGGUUGUCAGUUUUGUUCUGUUUUCAGACAUGUUCUUGGUGAAUACUUCCAUCAAUGGCUAGUUGCCGUGGUUACUGGAGGGUAUCUCCCCAUCCAGAGACAGUAAAACCCUGAAUACCAGCACUAAGAGGCAAUAUCAGGGGAAGGCCUUGGUUUUGGUACCCUGUUAUUGGCCCUUCAGGAUAACUGGUUGGCCUGUGAGUGAAACAAGACUGAAUGGAUCCACUGAUCUGAUCCAGCAGGGCUCUUUUUUAUGUUCUAAGCCUCCCUGUACCUGACUUUCUCCCAUUCCAUUCCACUUACUUUCCAUUUAUGCCACCAGUGGCGUUCAAGGUGCUGUUGUUCUUGCCACCAGUGUCAAAACCACAGGAUUUUGCCAUGCUGAGUCAGACCACUGGUCCAUGUAGCUCAGGACAGCCCACUGUGCCUGACAGGAGCUCUCUCCCAGGAUCUUGGGCAGAGAACAAUCUUUCCCAGUACCCUUCUGCUAGAGAUCCUUUUACCGCAGAUGCUGUUGAGCUACAGCCCCUCCCUCUAUAAAUGGCCGAAAAUAGAUUGUUGUAGGGAUCAGCCACUGGAGGUCCCCAAAUGAAGUUGAGCCUCCCCAAGUAGCAGUCGAUUUUUCCAGACCACAGGCAAGACUGAUGUUCAGCUGCUAUGGCAACAUGUCCUUCUAGCAGCCCACUUUUGUAGAAUGGUGGAAAGGCCUCCACCCCCUCAGAAGUCUCGUCUUGUCAGAUGGGAGGAAGGCCCUACACUUGUGUCAGUUUUCAAUGCUGACUUGUGGCCCUGUAGAAAGGGAAAUGGUUUGGCUCUCCUGGUGUAGGCAUUGCUGUGCCUUUCUCUGUCUGGAGGCCUCUUGUCAGGCACAAACCAGUGAUGUCAGUGGUUCAGCACAGGUGGCUGGAGGCUUUGGUUCAGCAUUGGAACACCUGCAUCAAAUGAGCCAAAUGCUCCCUCUGUCAAAGCAUUUCAGCAGAUAUUUCUAUUCCCUAACUUUCUUCUCUGGGGGUCAUGAAGUGCAGAGGGAGGCAGUCUCCUCUGGGGGUACACUCCUAGAGCUUUUUGUUUCUGAUUAGGUGCUGUAACACUCAGGGCCAAGCUACACAUGACAAAUGACACUUGAACGGCAAGUGGAUUGAGUGGAGGGCAAGUGAACAGGGAGAAAAUACACUUGCUGUUGAAGUGUCAUUCGUCAUGUGUAGCUUGGCCCUCAGUUGGAACACCAAACAGUAAGCUGGGAAAAGCAGUUUCCUUUCCGCUGGAAUCUGCUAGGCCUGUGUAGACUGCAGUGCUUGGCUGGAAAAUAAAUUUUGUACACUUUUGCCCUCCUGAGCAUUUCAUGGGAAAGAACUUUAGGUGGGGAAAGGGUAAAAAGAAGACACCUCCCUCCCCACAUCCUUUAUCCCUUGUCAUUUUCCACUCAUUUUCUCCUCAAAAGGCAGAAUUUGAUUGGCAGGUUUGUAAUUUCAGAGUAUGGAUACCUGCUUCACUCCCUCUCUCAGUUCUGCCCCCUCUCUCACACACCCCUCACACCACGAUAUCAAAAAUCAACAUUCAAGUUUCAGAACUUUUCUUCCUUCUGCUGUAGAUUGUCUGAAAGGUUUCUACAGCCAAACAAUCUUGGAUGGUUCUCAAGUAGAAAUUAUUUCCCCCUACCCCAAAUCUUUCUGGAAGGAGGGCUUUUUAAAAAAAAUGGGCUUCCAUCCCUGAUUUAAAGUAACACUGGGCAAUAAAUGGUUUUUGAAAUUUCUCCUCCAGUUAAAAGGGGGAGGGAGUUGUGAAAGCACUCUUUUCUUGCUUGUAUUGCUGGGACUCGGGGAGAAGUUCCAAGUAUGCCCAAAGAUCAGUUUCCUCACUAUCAGAAGCCUGGGCCAUGCGUUAAAAAAGAUAAUCUUUCAUUUGUUCAUUUUGAUUAAGGCGGGUUGCAGGGGGGAGGGGGAGAAAAGAGAAUUGUAAAGGAUUUCCAAAGAAGCAGUCAGAUGUUCAAGCACAUGGUAUAUGGUAUUCCCUUGCUAAGCUACGCAGACUCUUGGGCAUAAAAUGUUUCUGCUGUUUUCAAGAUAUCAUAGGAACACGUUCCAUUGGUGGAGACCAGUCAGAGCUGUCCCUCUGCCAUGGAGCACAUCACCAACCUUUCUCCAGUGCCUCAUUCCAAAAUUUAUAGCACUUAAUUUUGGAGCGUGGAAAAAAAAUCUUACAUAGGAAUAUAUUUAUCAAUAUUUUUUUUAAUGGGAUAAGGGUUUUUUCCCCCCUUUACACUUAUUUUUGUGAGCUGUGCGGUACACAUUUGACUGAAUGAGAUAUGUCAGUGAUUUUUUGUUUGUGUUGGGAAUAUGUUUUAUUUUUUUAAUCUUGCUUUUUAGUAAUGUGAAGGUCAGGAAGAGAAAAAUUGGCCAUCUGUGAGAAAAUUAGAAGGGGAUCGUUCUCGAAUGCUCCUCUUUCUCCAGCUGUGAUUUUGACACCUGCAUAUCUUGCUCUCCCGUUUUUUUGUACUGGAGGUGCUGGGGACUGAGCCUGUGAUGAUGGAAAACACUGAGCCAUGGCCCCUCCUGUCGCUGCCCCCCUUCUGUUCAGUGCUAACCACACCAGGCCACAUCAGAAUUUGCAAGUACUUUGCUAAAAGCUCUUUUGGGAGAUCUGAUUUAGAUACUACUUCUGAGCCCAAAGAUGGAGUUGACUUUAGUAUCGAUGAUAAAACCAAUGGAGGAAAAACUGCCCUGGGCUCCUUGGUGGGACCCCACCCCACCCCCAACAAAUGAAGAGUUUUAGUGUUUCCAGAAAUUUUACAUUUCUGAGCUUUUUCUCUUGUAUUUUUUUUUGGGGGGGGGAAUUGCAACAAUUUAGGACAACACCCCCCCCCCCCCAAUUUCUCAGGUCAGGUUUCCUCUUGAAAUGUGGUUGUUUUCUCUGUCCCUUUGUCUUUCAUAAAUUAAGAUUUACUGUAGUCAGAAGGAAGCAGCUCCCCCGCAUGUUCCUCUGACCAUUUUGAUGACGUAUUGGAUAGGAACAGCCAACCUGCAGUGUGGCUAGUCAUAGCUGAACCCAGCUAAAGAUGCCUUUUCAUGCUCGCAGGUGCAUUUCUGCUUUGGGAUGUGUUAAAGAAAAAAAAAGCGUCCCAUGGCUCUUCUUUCUAUGGCACACCUUGUCAUUUCACAUCCUGUUUUCAAGGUUCUUGUGACUUUGCAUCUGUUCCUUGAAAAUGUAACUUGAGUUACAGAUCUAAGAACAAUUUCCCCCCAACACACACACUUGGGGUUGGUUUUCUUUUCAGAAGGGAGAGCAGAAAGGUUUUAUGCACGUGUAUAUACCGUAAGAAGCUUUCUUAGCAGCACUAACUGGAGGCAAAUUUCUGUCCUUCUUAUGCACUGUGAAACCAUGUUUUAGGCAGGAGGCGAGAACCCCAAAUGUGAGAGCGAAAGAGACAAAUACUGUGGAGAAAUUCAGCACCUUUGAUACCUACCAGUCUGUGAGUAGUUGGACUGGACACCAUUAGACAAAGUUUAGCCCAGUCUGCAACCAAGUAAAGCCCCCUCCCAUUUAACUGCUGGAUCCCUUCAAAUGGCUGAACAGUUGCACAGUGGUGUGUGUGAGCACAUUGUGUGCACAUGUAUGCACACACAAUAUUUGCCAACUCAGGCUCUGGGAUUGACAGCAAUUGCUACCCGAAGACCGCUAUCUGGCUGCAAGCUUUUACAUCUACUAGAGCUAUUUACUCUGGUGGAGAAGGCUAUGUAUGCAAGGAAAGGGCGUCAGGCAGAGCAUCAAUAAUUUUCCUUUCAAAAGUGAGGUGGAGGAUGGGGAGAGAGCCAAGCCACUUUGCCCUCCUCCCAACCAUUAUGUAAUAGUAGUACAGGGAAAUUAAGCUAGCCAGUUUGGAUGAUAAAGCUGCUAGUCCAGUUUAACUUCAGAUCUCCAUAAAUCCAAGUUACACAGCUUAGCUGUUUCGUGGGCUUAGUAAUUAAGGAAUGUGGUGAGAAACAGCGGGCCUCUUCAGUGCUCCACCUAGUUCUGAGACAUUUUGAGUGGGGGAAAGGUGGGAUGCUUUAAUCUGCUAACAGCCACUCUUUUGGAUGGUGAUAUGCUAUCAAGCCUAAUGAGGGAAUAUAUUGUAUUGGUGAAUUACUGUCUAAUUGGAGCUUUGCUUUUCAAUUGUCUUCCAAGUAUUAUUUUUUAUUGUAAACAAAAAAAAUGUGAAAUGUAAUUUUUACAACAGCAAUACGAAAUAUAUUUUAUAAUAAAAUGAUAUGACCUGA